UGGUAGCGAUCGGGUUAUUUCUCUGUAUGCACAGACAGGCAGUGAACGGGUUCAUGUAACACACUUUUCUGUUACCCUAGUGAUAGACCAUAGAGAUGGGGCCGGACGGCUAGGGCGACAUUUACUUCCGGUAAUGCGUAUUGCGGUAUUGCUUGGAAAGCACCCGCUUGUAAAGUGGGCUCUCGGUGGGUACCGGAGCGUAACAGGCUGCGGAACAAUGGCCAAGAGCAAGUUCGAGUACGUGAGGGAGUUCGAGGUGCAGGACACAUGUCUGAAGAACUGCUGGGUGGUGGUCAGGGUGGACGGGAGAAACUUCCACAGGUUUGCCGAGAAUCACAACUUCACCAAACCCAACGAUGUCCGCGCUCUUCAGCUUAUGAACCGCUGUGCCCAGAACGUGAUGAACGAGCUGGAUAAUAUCUGCCUGGCGUACGGGCAGAGUGACGAGUACAGCUUCGUCUUCCAUAAGAAGUCCAACUGGUACAAGCGCAGAGCAAGCAAGUUCAUGACACACGUGGUUUCGCAGUUUGCAGCCAGCUACGUUUUCUACUGGAAAGAGUUUUUCCCCGAUCAGCCUAUCCAGUACCCGCCGGGAUUCGACGGGAGGGUCGUGCUGUAUCCCACCGAGCAAAACCUCAAGGACUAUCUCAGCUGGAGGCAGGCUGAUUGUCACGUGAACAAUAUGUACAAUAUGGUGUUCUGGUCCUUGGUACAGAAAGGAGGAUUAACCCCAGCACAGGCACAAGAUCGGCUGCGGGGAACUCUCGCGGCUGACAAGAACGAGAUACUGUUUUCCGAGUUCAACAUCAAUUAUAAUAACGAGCCGCUGAUGUACAGGAAAGGAUCUCUGCUCGUAUGGAAGAAGGUGAACGAAGUCAGCAAGAAAAGAAUCAAGUUGCCCCACGAAACGGAGGAGAAGGAGGUGGAGGUGUCCCGGUGUCGGACCAAAACAGAAGUAUUGCACUGUGAUAUCAUAGGAGAGCAGUUCUGGGAAGAGCACCCUGCGAUCCUCUCGGAUGACAGCUGACCACGUCUACGCUCUUUGGUUUUACCAGUGGCUUCCAUGGGCAGAGACACUGCUAGUAUUAAUUUAACAAUGGAGACCAAACACCAGACUCCCUCCAGAAGAAGACCUAUGAGGGCCCUGUCUGACCUUUUGUUAUGCGCGUCUUUUAAUAAUGUAAGUUAUAUGAAACUGUGUUUCAGAAUAAAGGGUUAUUUGACAA